AUGGCGAACAACACCGUCGCAGACAAGCUGGACAUGCUGGCUGGGCAGCUAAGCAGCGCAGCACAGCGUCUUCGAUCAGGCGCCUUGUCCCUUGAGGCCGAUACGCGCGAGAGGCUGGGAUUGAUCACGGCAGCCAGUGAUUUGGUAAACAUCAUUGGCCAGCCAAAGGACAAGAUGAUGAUGUUCUUGCCAAUGUCGACACAUUGGACCUCCGUCCGCCUGUUCAUCAAGUGGAAAGCGUUCGAGAAGAUUCCCACUGACGACGGCGCUGAUAUCUCAUAUGCCGAGCUGGCUGCAAAGGUGGGAGGCGACCAGUCGCUGAUCACCCGCUUCGCACAAACGCUUGUCGCGAAUGGGACUCUCCGCCAGAUAGGAACGGACCGCGUUGCUCACACGGAACUCUCCAGAUGCUUUGUCACGGAGAAUCCGAUCUGGGGAAUGGCGCAGUUCUUAUUUGACAGUAAACUCGCCUCAUAUGUGGCCAUGCCAAAGUACUUUGACCAAUUUGGAAUUGUCGAGCCCAAGGACCGCUCGAAUACUAUUUACGCCUUUGCCGAGGGCCGGCUGGGUUCUACGGUGUGGGAUAUCAACCACGCGGACGAGCAUCGCCUGAAGACAAUCACGCUAGCGAUGGGCUCAGUUGAGGAGAUGUUGCCAGCACUGGGUCUCUACGAUCUCAGUUGGGUUGUGCAAGAAGCUGCAAAAGCUGAAGACAGACCGUUGGUCGUCGAUGUCGGCGGCGGCAGGGGCCAAGCGCUCAAGGGCAUGUUCGCAGCGACGCCCGGUCUUCCCCGUAAUAGAUGUGUGCUGGAAGACCUGCCUGAGGUUGUUGAGGCGGUUAGGAAGGAGGACGCAGAGAUGACCGAGGUGAAGAUGGUUGGCACUGACUUCUUCAAGGAGCAGCCGGUCAAAGGCGCUCUGGUGUAUUAUAUCCGCCGCUGUCUCCACGACUACUCAGACGAGGAGUGUGUGGAGAUCCUGCGGCACAUUUCCGCCGCCAUGGCCGCUGACAGUAAGCUGCUGAUCGUCGAGACGCUGCUCAGUAACCCGCCAUCGGCACUACAAGCCGCAAUGGACAUUAUGAUGCUCGCCAUCGGGGGCAAAGAACGAAAUCUUGAGGGAUUCAAGGCCAUCUGUGGGCAAGCUGGUCUCAAGAUCACCAAAGUCGUGGAGAAUCCGGGGUCAAAUGCUGUGAUUGAAUGUGGUUUGGCUUGA